GUCAGUCAGUCAAUCAGUCAAUCAGUCAAUCAUUUCAACAUCUGUCGCUCUCCAAGGCGUUCCACGACGAUAAGCAGAAGCACAUCUUCCCAUUCUGCAUUUCUCAAGUUCGUGGCUUCACGUCGUCCUGUCUUGUCCAUCAACGCAAUGCCUUUUCACUCCCUCUUUUGCCAGCACCACCACGUCAUAAACCUAAGCUCGUCCGGCUCGGCUCACUGAGCAGGUGCUAUCCACCACGGCCUAUCUGCCAAGUAAAGAAAUCCAAAUAGGCCUGGUAGCAAGCAAACCUUGGAAGUGGAUGCACAUUGCACAAAGCGCGAAUUAGCAAAAACCAACAACGUGGGAGUAAACACCUCAAUGCGAUAAGUCGGUUUUCCUUUCGAGACAAACUGUUCAGGCGUCGAUUUCAUUGUCGUUCUCGGAAACGCAAUACCAAUUGAGACGGGAGCCAUUGCAAUUCAUCGAAUUCAAAAUGGUUCAAUGGAGGAAGCUAUUCGGUUUGGAUGGAAGCGCAGAUCAACAUCUCUGGCGCGAUGAAGCUCGUCGUCUGCUUCCCUCCUACCGCGAAGAUGAGUUCCAGAGCGCAAUUCCCCCUCUCGAAGUUACUAAAACUGCGCUUCGUCUUCGUUACCUCAUUGAAGAAUCUGUGCCGUGCGAACUCGAGGAAGCAAAUAUCGUAUGCGCACAUUCGAAAAUUAUUACUAGGAAGGUGAUUGCAGCCGCAAGGGAGGCAGGAGGAAAGGACUACGGUGCUUGUGUAGUAUAUGCAUUGUUGGUUUGUAAGAGAUGGUUCAAGAAGCAAGCUAUGUUGGAGCUUUGGGAUGCGGAUUUACACAACGUGAGAGCAGUGGCUUGCGAAGUUAUUGCGAAACAAUUAAUCGAAACGGAAGAAGAUCAAGAGUAUCUUUUACAAAAGGUAUUGUUGAAGAGAUAUUCGGUAUUGGUCGAUGGGGAGCAAACUACACCUGCGAAUGUUAUCGAAAGAGCAGUGGAUCUUCAUGCUUUACGUGUUACUGGUUCUUCGGGGUAUCAGAAAUGCGUCAAUUAUCUUUGGAGAGGAUGGCUCGUACAAGAUGAGAACGAUCCUUCCCAAUUUGUCGAUUACAAGAAGAAGGACAAUACAAAUUACUGGACUCAUGUUGAUCCAGAUCGCAUGCGCGCACCCAUAUACCAAAAUGCUACUCAGAUCAUCUUCUCAUUGAUCUAUUUGGCUUUGUAUACAGGUGCUAUUAAUACAGUCAAUCCAAGUGGAGAUUUGGAUAUUGUGGAAAUUAUCCUUUACAUCUUCACAGCUGGUUUUAUAUGUGAUGAGGCUAGCAAAUUUUGGAAGGUUGGGAGAUAUUAUAUUGGAUUCUGGAAUGUCUUUAAUGUAAUCCUUUAUGCCCUUCUCACGACAAGUUUGAUUACGAGGAUUAUUGCUCUUGGUCACCCCCUCCAAGAUGAUGAUGGGAAAAGAGGAAAGUUCAAUGAGCUUAGUUAUAACUUCUUAGCUUUCUCUGCACCAAUGUUCUGGAUGAGAUUAUUACUUUACCUCGACUCCAUUCGCUUCUUUGGAGCUAUGCUUGUCGUUAUUAAGGUAAUGAUGAAAGAAUCCCUCAUCUUCUUCGCUCUUCUAUUUGUCAUCAUCAUCGGUUUCUUACAAGCAUUCAUCGGUAUGGACAUGGCCGAUUCUAAUGUCGACUCCGCUACAUUCAUCCUCCAAGCAAUGGCCAACGCUGUUAUGCAAUCACCAGAUUUCUCCGGUUUCGACAACUUCGCUCCACCUUUUGGAAUUAUCCUUUACUAUAUCUUCACAUUCCUUAUCAUGGUAGUUCUUCUCAAUAUUCUUAUUGCACUUUACAACUCUGCUUAUGAGGAUAUUACGGAUAAUGCCAUUGAUGAAUAUCUGGCGCUCUUCUCUCAGAAGACCAUGCAAUUUGUCAGAGCUCCAGAUGAGAAUGUCUUUAUUGCACCAACUAAUCUCAUCGAAAUCUUCUUCCUCAUUCUUCCUUGCGAAUGGUGGAUGCCAAGAAAACAAUACGCUAAACUUAAUGAUUAUGUUAUGGCCGUGGUCUAUUCUCCAUUACUGUUAAUAGCAGCUUGGUUUGAACAGAGAAGUGCGAUUAAAGUUAAGGGAAAUAGACAACGAGGUGAUGAUGAUGAUGGUACAGUAGAGGAAUGGGAACAAUUAGAUGGGGAAGUGGAUUUCGCAGGAGAGGGUUGGGAAAAAAGAGUUAAGAGUGUUGUGCCAGAUGUGGAGAGUGAUGAGGCGACUUGUGAAGUAAGAGAGUUGAGGAAGGAAGUGGGAGAACUCAAAGAGUUGUUAUUGAAAUUGGUAAAAGAGAAAGAUGGUGGAAGUGAUAAAGGGAAGGGCAAGAAGAAGUAGACGAAGUAGUUGUAAUCAAGGAAGGGCAGUGCAGUAAAACGGGAUAAUUGGCUGCUGAGGAAUGCGGAUGGUUAUCGUUGUUUAAGAAUGGGAAAAUCGCUUAAGGGAGAGAUGUCGAAUCAUUUUUGGUAAUGAGCGGAAAUAAUGGUAGCAAGGGAUGGAAAUCGGGUGUGUACACGAAGGCAUUCCUGGACGACUUUAGGGAAUGACCAAGGUCUUUAUGGGAUUACUGAGGUCUUUUAUGUUCAAAGGGGAGAAGAUGAUGUUAUGUGGGGUGGAGAAGCAAGCGGUGUAUUUAAUGACCUUUAUUAUUGAUACCAAUAUGAGAUUUUAACAGUGUAAGACUCAUGGCUGUGGGCUUGCUUGAUAUUUUGGUUGUUUGCUCACAUUUGUAUGGAUCUGGUUAUUACGAUAUGAAGAGAUUGAUUUGUUCACGUAGAUUCCUGAUUAUCUUAUUUCGAUUCUUGAGAAGCUUCAAAGAUGUUAAAACUGA